AUGGUAGCGGUUGAACGAGGGAACGCCGAUACUCUUUUGCUGAUUAUCGCGGAUAAAAUUUUGCCAGGCACCACCGUUAUGUCCGAUAUACGGUCGGUAUAUGGUGGUAUCGAACGUUUGCCACUGAAAUACCAUCAUCAAACAGUGAACCAUUCCAAACAUUACGUAGAUCCUGACACUGUGGCGUGUACAAGUGGAGUGGAAUCGAUGUGGCAAAAGUUCAAGAUGAAGCACAAAUCAAGAUUCGGCGCGGAUCGUGGGCUCACGUCAGUGGCCGGUUGUCUGGCGGCAGACGGCAGUUACCUGAGGUCAGUGGUUCCAAAGAAUAUGGACGAUCAGAAAUCGAACCUAGCUGUGAAUCAAAAGGUUGAUGACGAUAAAUAUUACUUUUUGACAUGGAAUGUCAUAUUAAUUGGGGGUAUAAUGUCGGUUUCUCUGAUUGGUUUCAUCGUAAUGGCAUCGCUCCGAUUUCGCAUACCACUUUCGAGCAGCACUUAUAACGGCGAUGAAAUGUUCAUUUCCAUACAGCUGGAUCCACAUAAAGACAGUUAUAUAUUUUCUGACGAUCCAGAAACGACAGAAAUGACAACAACAGCUGAUUAUGAAAAAAUGUCACCAGAUGAUCAGAAGUCGAAUGAAUCGACAACAAAUCCAUUUACGCUAACUCCAGCCAAGGAACCCGCAGCGAGUACGGAGGCAGCAGUACAAUUCAAAUCAUCGAACCCAACAACAACAAAGCUUAUGCAUUCAACAUCGACACCACCAUCAAUUACACUGAUGCAUGUGUUGACAACAGCAGCUGCCAUCAAAUGGCCACCAAAAACAACUGUAACAAUUAAACCGACACCCAUAACCCAAGCUAGCACAAGCACUACCCGAAACAUUAUCCAAUCUAGCAUACGUACUUCCCAAACCACAACUGAACGUAAGACAAGUAUUUUCCAAAGAGGAACCACUAAAUCAAUUGUUACCCCUACACCAAUGACAAUUGUCUCGAACGUUCCAGUCCUUCAAUCUCAAAAUGUGACGCAACUAACCCCGAAUCAACUUCCAAACACUGUCUCGAACGUUCCAGUCCCCCAAUCUCAAAAUGUGACGCAACUAACCCCGAAUCAACUUCCAAACACUGUCUCGAACGUUCCAGUCCCCCAGUCUCAAAAUAUGACGCAAUCAACCUCGAAUCAACUUCCAAAUCAGCUCGGUGGUGUUAAUUCGUUGAAUGAAACAACGAACGGUGGUAUUGCAAACAUGGCAAACUAA